AUGUAUAAUGCAUAUCUUAGACAUCUUAAUGUCUUGGAUGUCUUAUGUCUUAUCUAUGUGGUCUGUUUUUCAUUGUUAGUGGUGGCCGUUGGGGAGGCCUUCCAGUGUUUCGUUUGCAGCAGCGUGACGGGCACCGGAUGCGGCGACCCAUUCGAUGCGUCGGCGCAGUCCAGGUACAGAGUGGCCUGCCCGGCGACUUCCAUAUGCCUGAAAGUAACAAGCGGUUCGACCGUUGCCCGUACGUGUGGCAUCGGCAAUGCAUGUGCGAAAUCGUACGAGUGCCAGGGCGACAAUUGCGCUUACUGCUGUGCGGGCGACUCCUGCAACUCAGCCGGUACCGUGGGCUUCAACCUCGUCUUGGCUGCCGCCAUGCUCGUACUCACUCGCAUGUUCUACUAAAGAUGUUUGACGACGAUUGUCUGGCCGCUUUAAUAAAGGCUCAGAAAACUUCGGCAUUUUGUUAGCAUUUUUCUAUUCCUGUAGCUAGUUUACAUGUUUGUUUGUAUUUUUUUUAAUCAUGGAAUUCGAACCAUACCCCCAUUGAAAGACUGAAUAAUCAAACAGACAGUGUUUGUGCGAAACCAAUUCAUGGUUUCCCGUAGUAAAAUGUCACCACCAUAUUUUUUUCAUUAUGAAUUUAACCACGGGUUAAGUUUGAUUGGAUUCCUGUGAUGUGACUGUACAAGGUGUAUAAAGAAAGGAAACCCAGAGGUAAAUGUAAAUUAUAAAAAAAACUGACAAAUAUUUUCGAAUAAGUUAAAGAUCAUGUGAAACGCCAAUGUGCCUUCUUUCCUAUGAUACCUUGAUUGUGUGUCUGUGGCCAUGGCUGGCUGGUUUGUUGUACAAAGUCUGAAAUCGACUACUUCGUGCAGAGCUUUGUGUGGAAAGAGGUGUUGGCCCCGUUGAAUGGUUUGGGCCAUGAGGGGUUAGCUUCAACCACGGGAGUCGUAAAAUCGGUGUGUCAAAAUUAAAUAAAUUGUUUUAAAGAGAUGGAUGUCUUCUUUCUUCAAAUUAAGCCGUUCCACUUGCCCAGAAUACCAGUUACCAUUUUGCACAAACUUGGCCCAGUACAGGUUUUGAUCCUUGACAGAAUAACAACGAAUGCUCAGUCAUCCGUGGCCACAGACACACAAUCAAGGUAUCAUUGGAAAGAGGACACAUUUGUGUAUCACAUGAUCUUUUAACUUA